CGCGCGGUUCGCGACUCGGCCGAUAACACGGCGAGGACGCCAAGAUGCUCGUCCCCGAGUACAGCGGCAUGACGCGACGCGCCAGCAGCACGUCGGCGACGUCGACGACCCCGGAGCAAGCCCCGGAGAGCGUGGAGCUGGAGAGGAAGGGCGCCGUGGAGGCCGACGCGCCGCCGCCGCCCGCCGAGGACGUGGUCUUCCCCGACGGCGGGUACGGCUGGGUCAUCAUGGCGGCCUUCUCCGUCAACACCAUGUUCGUCGUGCAGCUCAGCAUGGUUUUCGGACUGAUUCUGACGGAGGCGUUUCGCGAAUUGGACAUGCCGAAAACGGGAGUGGCCACCAUCAUGACGUUCAACCAAUCCUUCAGCCUGCUGUUCGGGCUCGUCUCCGGGUCGCUGGUGCGGCGAUUCGGGUACCGCAGGGUCGCUGUGGUCGGCGUGGUCCUCGCCUCCUGCGGUAUGGUGCUCACCGCCUUCUCCACCUCCUUCAUGGCCUUCAUGGUCACCUACGGCGUCAUCAUGUCGGCGGGGGCGGGCCUCACCACGCCGGCCUUCUCCGUGGCGCUCAACUCGUACUUCAAGAAGCGGCGCAGCCUGGUGACGGGGCUGGCGCUGGGGCUCACGGGGGCGUCCGGCGUGCUCUUCCCGCAGAUCGUCAGCGCCAUGCUCAAGUACCUGGGGUCGUCGUGGACCUGCGUGGGCUGCGGCGGCCUGUCCCUCUUCGCACUGGUGGCGGCCGCGUUCCUGGACCCCGUCGAGCAGCACCGACCCCACGCAGUGUGCCACACUGCAGGCGGCACCACCCGUGAGGCCGGCGCCGCGGGGCUGGCGCGGCAGCUGGCGCGCUUGCUGGACCUGAAGCUGCUCGGCAGCGGCGCCACCAUGGUGCUGCUGCUGGGCCUGGCCGUCUCCAACAUGGCGGAGAUCACGUUCAAGACGAUGGUGCCCUUCAUCCUGGCGGAGCGCGGCCAGGACAGGCAGAGCGUGGCCACCUUCCUGUCCCUGACGUCGGGCACGGCGGCCCUGGGCAAGCUGGCCGCGCCGCUGCUGCAGGCGCUGGCUGGGCUCAGCUCCAAGGGCAUGUACGUCGCCGUGCUGCUCGUCGUCAUCUGCGCGCGCGUCGUGCUGGUGCUGGUGACGGACUACUCGAGCUUGCUGGUGCUGGCGGUGGUGCUGGGCGUGACCAAGGGCGUCCGCGCCGUGUUCUACAACCUCGUCAUCCCGGACCACGUGCACCUGGAGCAGCUCGCCCCGGCCAUCGGGCUGCAGGCCGCGUUCACCGGCGUCUUCCUGCUCGUCAACGGGCCGGUCAUAGGCGUCAUCCGAGAGAACAGCUCCAGCUACAACGUGGUCAUCAUGACGUGCAACGGCAUCACGGCGUCCUGCAUCCUGGCGUGGGCCGUGGAGCUGCUCGUCCAAGUGGUGCGCCGCCGAAGCAAGCGAAGCAAGGCGUCCCGGCUGGCCUAGCGCUGCUUGCGCUGCCCGGCGCACAGUGGGCCAGAAGGCCGGUGGAGGCGGACAAAACUCUAGACGCGGUUUGUGCUCCAGAGUCGCUAAAUGGGACUCAAACCGAACGUGUGACCCCACCAGCUCUCCGAACGAGUAAAUCAUUGGUGGGGUCACACUGUUGCACACGCUCCACGCCAAGCCGAGCGCUGCACAGUGGGCCAGAAGACUGGUGGAGGCGGCCAA